AUGCCCACCGACCACGCAACGGUGGAACUGAAUAGUGUAUGGGUACCUGGGUCGGCGGUUUUCGGAUCGGUCGACCAGGGGCUAGCUAUGGCCCAAACAUUUGUGCACGAGAACAGAAUUCGUCAAGCAGCCAGCUCCUGUGGGCCGCAUGAUACUGCCUGGGCCGAAGCAUCGAGCAUCGGAAGCCCAGCACCUGUGUAA